UCCAUGUAGCUGAGAUUCUAAGAAAGUAUGAGCAAAGUUCUAGCCAAGUGGUUAAUUUAGAUAAAUCAGCUAUUUGUUUUAGUAGAAAUGUAAUGGAGGGGGAGAAAGUCGAGAUAUUUUCCUUACUUGGACAACAACAAAGAAAUGAGAUGGGUAUGUAUUUAGAAUUACCAGCUAUCGUGGGACGCUCAAAGAAAAAGAUGUUAGAGUUUAUUAAGGAUAGAGUCAAGACAAAAAUAAAAGGAUGGAAGGGUAAAUUUUUAAGUACAGCAGGGAAAGAAGUAAUGCUUAAAUCUGGACAAACUGAGGAUAAAAGGAAGAUGCAAAUUGAGAAAUGGGAAAUAUUAUGUGAUUCUAAAUCAAGAGGGGGCUUAGGAUUUAGGGAUUUAAAGGCUUUCAAUAUGGCUUUAUUAGCUAAACAAGCUAGGCGAUCAUGGAUUUGGAGAAGUAUUUUGUGGGGAAGAGAUCUAUUAGUUACUGGACUAAGGUGGAGGAUCUCUGAUGGGAAAAAUAUAAAUGUUUGGCCUAAUCCUUGGAUUCCAAGAAAGAAUGGUUUUACUCCAAAAAGUAUUCAAAUGCAAAACAAUUUAGAUCUUAAGGUUGUCGACUUAAUUGACGAAGAUACUCAUACCUGGAAACUUCAUAAGAUAAGUACGACCUUUGAACCUGAAGAUGUAGAUGCAAUUUUGUCUAUACCAAUAUCCAUCAUAGGUCUUAAUGAUAGAUUACUGUGGCAUCACUCAAAAUCUAGAAACUAUGAAGUUAAGUCAUGUUAUUAUUUAGCAAAGGGUUUGGCCGGUAAGACUAUUAGUAGCUCGGAAGCCCAGCUUGUAUGGAAACAAAGUCCUAUUAAUUGUCCUGAUAUUGACAGCAUACCUGACUUUUCUGUGUGGUGGUACAACUUGUUCUUAAAUGCUAAGCACUUUCCUGAAUCAACUGAAUUAUUAGAUUUGAGUGUUAAUCUUAUGUGGCAAAUUUGGAAAGACACAGGAUUACGGUGUGAUGAUAGACAUACGAGUAUUGGUGUCGCGACUUUGAAUAGCCUUGGAAAACCGCUUUAUGCCCAUAGAUCCUCAAUUCAAUAUGUUGGGAAAACCAUGACUGCUGAAGCGAUUGGCAUAAGAAAGGCACUUGAAUGUGCUAUUACUCUUGGAUGGAAAAGUGUGAAGAUUUUAUCUGAUGCUAAGAAUGUUGUUGAUAUGAUCCAAAAACAGAUGACACCUAAAGUACCUAAAGAUCCUAAUGGAGUUAAAGCACACAAAGAAGUUAAAGCACCUAAAGCACCUAAACAACCUAUAAUACCUCCAGGUCCUUAUGUCCCUGUUGCUCCACCUACAUGA